AUGUCUGCCAGUCCUUCUUCCACGGCGGGUGGCGACACCAAGCCCUCGGAUCAAAUUCACUUCAAGUUCUGCCGUGAAUGCUCCAACCUGCUCUACCCGAAGGAGGAUCGUGUCAACAACCAGUUGAUGUUCACCUGCCGCACUUGCCAUGUCGGCGAGCCUGCUUCUUCGCACUGUGUUUAUCAAAACCAUCUCCAUAGCCAAGUCGGCGAUACUGCCGGUGUCACUCAGGAUGUGACGUCUGAUCCCACGGUUUGUGCUCCUGGUUUUUGUACCCUUUGCGGUGAUUUGAUCACUUGUUCUAUUUGCGGCCCCACUUCCACCGAGGAUCUCCUCGAGGAUGCGCCGCCUGUGGGUGACAGCCUGGAGUCCUCUGAAGUCGAGCCCCGGGCGUCUACCCCAGCUCUGCUAACCCCCCUCCCGCGAGCCAACAAGCUCUGCCCAAGCUGCGGCGAAACCGAAGCCGUCUUUUUCCAGUCACAACAACGAUCUGCCGAAACCGGCAUGAAACUCUACUACGUCUGUUGCGCGUGCGGCCAAGUCUACAUGUGA